GGACUUUAUGUUUUCUUUGUACGUGCGACAUUAAAGUUCAAAGUUAGCACUUGAAGAUCAUAAGAGUUAUGGCUAUGGUGUUGAUCUUUUUGCAGGUGUUGAAGUUGAAGUACUGAUAAGUAUAUCAUCAUUCAUCAUUCAUCAUUAUUCAUCAAAUGCAGGAGAACCCACCUCGAGUGUCACGUAAAGAGGGGAUCCAGGGAGCCGGAAAGGGAGGAGGAGGGCCCACAAGGAGGAAUAGAUACGCCGUUGCCGUUGAUGACAGCGGAGAUUUGAUAGAGUGUUCCGGCAAGUAUUGCAGAUCAUGCACAACGGGGUUGGUAGCCGAUUGUGUGGCGCUCUGUUGCUGCCCGUGUGCGGUGGUGAAUAUCUUGGCGCUGGCUUUUGUGAAGAUUCCGUACAUGGUGGGGAGGAAGUGUUUGGGGUUGGGGAAAAAGAAGAGAAAAUGCAAGAAAGUGGAAGCUUCAUCAUCAUGUGGGUUUGUGGUGGAGAGAAAUUAUGGGGAUUUGAACAAGGGCAAGUUAGAGAUUGAAUCAUUUGGUGAAGAUGAAGAAGAAAUGGAUGGGAGUGUUCACAGUGCAAGAUUGGAAGCAGAGAGGGUGUGGUUAGAACUGUAUCAGGUUGGUCAUUUGGGUUUUGGAAGAAUUUCUUUCACUGGAAUUCAAUCCCAAGAAAAGGAAAAUUAAGGAACAAAAUUUGUGAUAUAGAUUACUAUUAUCAUUGUUGUUGUUUUGGACUGUGAAAGUCCCAAUUU